AUGGCUUCCAAGACCUCAGUGUCUUUCUUAGAUAUCGAUGACUCAUUUGACCCCCGGAAGCAGGAGCGUGAGAGCGAUGAGGUCGAUGUCUGCAUCGUAGGCGGAGGACCUGCCGGCCUCAGCGCAGCCAUUCGCCUCAAACAGAUCGCCAACGAAGCCGGCAACGAAGCCUUCCGAGUUCUUCUUCUCGAGAAAGCAGGCGAGCUAGGCGCUCACAUCGUCUCCGGCAAUGUCAUCGAACCGUCCGCUGUCAACGAACUGCUCCCUGACUGGAACAAUCCAGAUAACCCGUCACGUUUCGAAAGUGCUACCCCGGCUACUCAUGAUAAGAUGCGGUUCCUUACCAAAAACAGCUCCAUACCAAUCCCCGCGCCCCCGCAGAUGAACAACAAGGGCAACUAUAUCAUAAGUUUGAAUCAGUUCUGCAAAUGGCUAGGGGAGAGAGCGGAGGAGGUAGGUGUGGAGGUUUACCCGGGCUUUGCGGCCAGUGAGGUGCUGUACAAUUCGACGGACGGGUCAGUGAAGGGUGUGGCUACGAAUGAUCUGGGCAUUUCACGCAGGGGGAAGCCCAAACCUUCAUUUGAGCGUGGGAUGGAGUUUAAUGCUAGAGUCACGCUCUUUGCUGAGGGUUGUCAUGGUAGUUUGACCAAGCAAGUCAUCAAGAAAUUUGAUCUCCGCCGCGACAGCCAGCCCCAGACGUACGGGUUGGGACUCAAGGAGGUCUGGGAAGUCAAGCCGGAGAAGUUCAGGAAAGGGGAGAUUGUCCACACGAUGGGCUAUCCAUUGCCUUCAUCUACCUACGGAGGCGGAUGGCUUUACCAUUUCGGCGAUAAUCUCGUCUCUCUUGGUCUUGUCGUUGGUCUCGACUAUCCCAACCCCUGGCUCUCUCCCUAUGGCGAAUUCCAGAAAAUGAAACACCACCCCAUCUACAAAUCCGUCAUCGAAGGCGGCAAAUGCAUUUCCUAUGGCGCCCGAGCCCUCAACGAAGGUGGUUUCCAAUCCAUUCCCAAAUGCGCCUUUCCCGGCGGAGCCCUCAUUGGCGACACAGCAGGUUUCCUCAACGUCCCCAAAAUCAAAGGCACCCACACAGCAAUGCGAAGUGGCAUGCUCGCCGCCCAAGCCGCCUAUUCAGCCUUGACAUCGAACCCAGACAGCGGCACCGUCUUUCUGUACGAUUACGAAGACGCCCUCCGCUCCAGCUCCAUUUGGAGCGAACUAAAACAAGUCCGUAAUAUGCGUCCGUCUUUCCACUCACCCCUCGGUCUCUACGGCGGUAUCAUGUAUUCCGGCCUCGAAGCCUACCUCUUCCGCGGCAAAACGCCUUGGACGCUCAAGCACAAAGAACCCGGCGACCACGCUGCCACGAAGCUGGCGUCCGAGUGUCCAAAGAUCGAGUACCCGAAACCGGAUGGUCAAAUCUCAUUCGACAUUUUGACGAGUGUGAGCAGGACGGGCACGAACCAUGAAGAAGACCAACCUGUGCAUUUGCAAGUGGAGGAUUGGGAGGCGCAUAAGAAUGACCAGUGGCCGAAGUACAAGGGGAUCGAGAACCGGUUCUGUCCGGCCGGGGUGUAUGAGUACGUGGAGGAUGGGGCCAAGGAGUUUGGGGUCAAAUUCCAGAUCAAUGCGCAGAAUUGCAUCCACUGCAAAACGUGCGAUAUCAAGGCCCCGGCGCAGGAUAUCAAUUGGCAGACACCGCAAGGAGGCGAGGGACCAAAGUACUUCAUGACCUAG